GUGAAAGGAACAUGCUUUAAUUGAAUGCAUGAUUUAAGGAUAGGAAAAAACAUAGUUUAAUGAUUGAAAUGGAGCGGAUGAUCGUUUUGCUGAUCCUAUGUCACAUCAGCGCCACAUUUGCUGUGUUGCAGUUGUCUUUAUAUGGAGCAGCUGCGAUCCACUCCUUGCAGUACCUCUGUACAGCAACAUUAGGUAUUUCAGCCUUUCCAGAGUUUGUGGCUGUGGGGAUGGUGGAUGAAGAGGAUUUCUCUUACUAUGACAGCAACAUCCGCAGAGAGAUUCCCAGGCAGGAGUGGGCAAAAGAGAAAGUGGAACCAGAAUACUGGGAGAAAAACACAAAGCACUUCAACUUGGAAGAGCAAAGUUUCAAAGAAGAGAUGGAAAAUGCAAUGCAUCGCUUUAAUCAGACAGGAGGGGUCCACACUCUCCAGAGCAUGAAUGGCUGUGAGUGGGAUGAUGAAAAUGACAAGAUAGAGGGGUUCUUCAAACAUGGAUAUGAUGGAGAAGACUACCUUACCUUCUACCUGAAGAAUAUAAGAUUUCCACAGACAGCCACAGCAAUUACUUCACAGAGUGAUAAUGAAAGUAAAUUAAUUGAUUGCACUAGGUGGCUGAAGAGGUUUGUUCAAUAUGGACGAAGCACACUGGAAAGAAAAGUCCCUCCUGAGGUGACCCUGUUACAGAAGGACCCCUCCUGUCCUGUAACCUGCCACGUCACAGGCUUCUAUCCUAGACCGGUCAAUGUGUCCUGGCAGAGAGAUGGAGAGGAUCUGCAUGAGGAUGUGGAGCUGGGGGAGACUCUGCCCAAUGGAGAUGGAACAUUCCAGAUCAGAAGCUCCCUGAGAGUCUCUCCAGAGGACAGGAGGAUUCACAAAUACACCUGCACUGUACAACACUCAAGUCUGAAGGAGAAUAUUGUCAAGGAACUGAAUGAGGGUGAGAUAUUCAUAUAA